AUGCCUCCCAAAGCUGCUGCCGACAAGCGUCCCGCCAACAAGGCUCCCGUCGCCUCCAAGGCUCCUGAGAAGAAGGAUGCCGGAAAGAAGACUGCUGCCUCUGGUGACAAGAAGAAGCGCACCAAGACCCGCAAGGAGACUUACAGCUCCUACAUCUACAAGGUCCUCAAGCAGGUCCACCCCGACACUGGUAUCUCCAACCGUGCCAUGUCCAUCCUGAACUCUUUCGUCAAUGAUAUCUUCGAGCGCGUCGCCACUGAGGCUUCCAAGCUUGCUGCCUACAACAAGAAGUCUACCAUUUCCUCCCGCGAAAUCCAGACUUCUGUUCGCCUGAUCCUGCCCGGCGAACUCGCCAAGCACGCCGUUUCUGAGGGUACCAAGGCCGUCACCAAGUACUCAUCCUCCACCAAAUAA